UUUUUUUUUUUUGCCACGUACAGUGUGAGGCGUUCCUGAUCAUUCAGUCAGUCAGGCGUCGUUUAGCUGAAGUCCAGGACACACAGGCUUGCUGCUGGGAUUAACACGUCCAAACCACCAGCAGUAUGAAUGGCCAGCUGGACCUAAGCGGGAAGCUGAUCAUUAAAGCUCAGCUGGGGGAUGAUAUUCGUCAGAUCCCCAUCCACAAUGAAGACAUUACCUAUGAUGAGCUCCUGCUGAUGAUGCAGCGUGUCUUCCGUGGGCAGCUACAAAGCAGCGAUGAGGUCACAAUCAAAUAUAAGGAUGAAGAUGAUGACCAUAUCACUAUAUUCGACAGUUCUGAUUUGUCCUUUGCAAUCCAGUGCAGUAGAAUAUUGAAGCUCACUCUUUUUGUGAAUGGGCAGCCUCGGCCACUGGAGUCGUCUCAGGUGAAGCAUCUGCGUAGAGAAUUGAUCCAUUUGAGGAAUAAAGUUAACAGCCUGCUGGACAGCCUGGAGCCGCCCUCCGAGUCUGUCCCAGGGAGCAACAACCCAGCAACUGAAUGCAUGAAUGAAGCAGUAGAUUCAACAGUGAAGCUGGCUCCUCCGGUGAGUGCUGCUAGCAUGUCUGCGUUUGACCCGCUGAAAAACCAGGAAGAGGUCAACAAGAAUGUCAUCUCAGCAUUUGGCCUGUCCGAGGAACCUGCCCCAGUUCCUGCUGUAGCUGCCACCGCUACUGCAGAGGAACGCUCUGCUACUCCAGACAGUAUUGGCUCUUCAUCCUCAGCAGCACCUCAUCCUGUGGCUCCCCAGGCCCCCCCACCUUACUCAGGGGUCCAACAACCUUCCUCUGCUGCUGUGGAUGGUCAGAUGUAUCAGCAGUAUCAGGCUCCAGGUGGAUACCCUCCACCAGCUGGACUCCAGCAGCAGUACGGGAUGCAGUACUCUGCAGGUUAUACACCUCAGCCUGGUGCUCCCCAGGCUGCUGCUCCCCAACAGCAGUUCCAGAAUUACCCCACCCCUACUUCUCAGGCUGCUGGUGCUCCUGGCUCCGCCCCUGGGUUUUCCGGCCAGUCACAACCUCCUGCUCCCCAGGGACCAGCCCAGUACCCACCCGGAGCAUUUCCGCAUCAAAACUACACAUCCCAGGCCUCUCAGCAGCCAGCUAACUAUAGCCUGGCUCCGACCUCCCAGGCCACAGGGGGUUAUCAACCCCGCCCUGGAUACACCCCUCCGCCUGGUGCCACCCCUCCUCCCGGGAGUGCUAACCCCUAUGCCCGAAACCGCCCCCCUUACGGCCAGGGCUAUGCCCAGCCAGGCCCUGGGUAUCGGUAAAAGCCCUUUAAUGACCCCACAGCACCUGUGGUCUUUUUUGUGUCUCCAGUGCAUCGGCCCCUCUGAAUCUCUGUGUUUGACAUCCUAAUAUCAUGUUUGUUUGUGCUUUGGGUGAAUGUUGAUGGAUGUUUGAAAGAACAAGAAUGAGCUAGUGCGAUUGUAUAUGUGUGUGUUUGCACACAUAGGAGACCAAACGGUGUGGUAGUGUGUCUGUUGUAUGAAAAGUGAAAGAAUGUGUUUUGUGUGUGCAUUUUAUUUUAUCACCAGUCUCAUCGUUGGUGUUAUUUUGUCAUAAACCAUGUCAUUUAUAUGGUCUCUGUUUAAACACUAUAAAAUAAUAAUCUAAGGAUAUGACAUUUGUUUAGUUUUCUCUCUUUCUUUACUUUUUCAAAGCCCUCUGUCCUGGUUUUACUAACCCCUGACUGGCCCUCUGCAGUGAAGCCUUUAAUUUCUGUAUAAACUGUAACAUUGUUUUCAGGAAGUUAAUAAAAUCUUUGAGAGUGAAAAGAUGGGAGAUUUUUUUUAUUUAUU